AUGGCGCAGAUAAAGAGGAAAGGCCACGGCCAGGAGGAGCCAAACAGCUCUGCGCCGAAGAAAAAGGCCAAAGUGGACGCUGCGGAGCUCAAUGGCGCUUCAAAGCUGAAGAAGAAAUCCAAGGAGCCAAAGGAACGAAAGGAGCAGGAUGAGACCGUUAAGGCCAGCAAGAAGGAUACAAGCGCUGUUUCUAAAGCGGCACCGAUAUCGAUGCUACGAGACGAGCAGCCUGCCUUUCCUCGAGGUGGUAACAACGUGCUCACCCCUCUCGAACGAAAGCAGAUACAGAUCCAAGCUACGAAGGACGUUUUAUUCGAGCAGAAAGGAAAGAAUGGCGCAGAGUUUGCAAAUAAUGAUGAUGAAGGAAGCUUGGGUGAGGAGGCUGAAGAUAAGGAGGGUGCCCGUGCCAAACCGAAGAAGAGAAAAGCAAAGGGGACGAAGACUAAAGAGGCACCUGCGGUAACUAAACAAGGAGUGAAGGUUGAAUCUCUCACUUACAAGCGUAUUGCGGUAGGAUCUAGAAUCCUGGGUCAGGUCUCGAGCAUAGGCCUCCAUGAUAUCUCACUAGCCCUGCCAAACAACUUAACCGGUUUCGUUCCCCUAAACGCAAUUUCAAAAUCUUUGACUAGAAAAGUUGAAGCGAUGUUAGGAGAUGACAAGAGUGAAGAUGAAGAGGACGAGGACGAUGACUUUGAGCUCAAGGACUAUGUCAAAAUUGGCCAGUAUCUACGCGCAUCAGUCACCGCAACAACCCGUAAUGAGGAUGACAAGAAAGUGAAAAACAAGAAGCAUAUUGAGCUAUCCAUCGAGCCUCAUGCUGCAAAUUCGGGUCUAACAAAGGCCGAUAUGGUGGUCAAUGCUACAGUUCAAGCAUCGGUUAUCAGUGUGGAAGAUCAUGGUCUUAUUAUGGAUUUGGGUUUGGAAGAGAACGAAGCGAAAGGCUUUAUUUCUUCUAGAGAACUACCGGCGGGAGUUGACAUUUCUACUGUCAAAGAGGGCUCAGUCUUCCUUUGCAUCGUUACCGGUCACAACGCUAGUGGAACUGUUGUGAAGCUCUCAGCAGACCUCGCUUCUGCUGGCUCCGUCAAAAAGGCCCAUUUCUUAAACACAGCACCAACAAUCAACGCCUUCCUACCAGGUACUGCAGCGGAGAUACUAAUUACGGAAGUGACUCCCCGCGGUAUGAUUGGUAAAAUCAUGGGAAUGCUGGAUGCUGUGAUUGACAUUAUUCACUCGGGAGCAAGCGACGGGAAGAAAGACCUGACCACAAAAUACCAUGCAGGUGCAAAGAUAAAAGGCCGAUUAAUCACUACAUAUCCCUCUAGCGACCCAGUCAAACUUGGUUUCUCCAUUCUUGACAGUGUUCUAAAAUUCUCUCCCACUGCCACACUGGCGAGCGGAGAUGAUAAUGAUAUGCCAUCAAUUUCAGAUAUAAUACCAGAGGUCAAGGUUACCUAUGUUGACAGCUCUCUGGGAUUGUACGUUCAACUGGGCUCGACCAAACAUCAAGGAUUUGUACAUCUUUCGAGGCUUGCAGAUGGACGGGUGGAUUCUAUUUCUUCUGAUGAGGGACGCUAUAAGGUAGGAUCUACUCAUGAAGGUAGGAUAAUUGGCUUCAGCGCGAUGGACAACCUAUUCUCAGUAUCCUUGGAGCCAAAAAUCAUUGAACAGCCUUUCCUUCGCCUCGAGGAUGUAACUGUUGGAAGCGUUGUUAAGGGGAAGAUUGAGAAACUUCUUGUUAAGCCAGAAGGUAUCGAAGGGUUGAUCGUCUCUCUGACAGACAACAUAUCCGGUCUCGUACCAGGAAUGCAUAUGGCAGACACCAAGCUACAACAUCCUGAAAAGAAAUUCCGAGAAGGGCUCAAAGUCUCCGUUCGAGUAUUGUCGGUCGAUCUGCAAAGGCGUCAGCUCAGAUUGACUCUGAAAAAAUCGCUUUUGAACAGUGAUUCGGCUCCUUGGAAGAACUACGAAAGUGUCUCGGCAGGCAAUCGAUCACCAGGAACCCUGAUUAAAAUCCAGAAUAACGGUGCCAUUGUACAGUUCUAUGGCUCUGUCAAAGGGUUCCUCCCAGUCUCGGAAAUGAGUGAAGCUUACAUUAAAGACCCUUCACAGCAUUUCACUGUUGGACAGGUCGUUAAUGUACAUGCUCUUACCGUCGACGCCGAGAGCGAAAGAUUGGUCGUCUCUUGCAAGGAUCCCUCUACUGCCACUGCAGACUACCAGUCCGCUUUUGAAAAGAUUCAUCCUGGACUUGUGGUUUCUGGCACUGUUUUUGAAAAGUCAAGUGAUGACUUACUCAUCAAACUGCAGGACUCCGGUUUGAUUGCAAGGCUUAACUCUGACCAUAUUUCUGACGGCUCUGCAGCCAAACGUACUUCCGCUUUGAAUCGCAUCAGAGUUGGUCAGAAGAUGGAAGGUCUUCUAGUAUACAGAGUUAAGAAGUCUCAUCGCCUCAUCCAAGUUACGAAUAAGGCUACCCUUAAGGAGGCCGUAGCUGAGGGAAGGCUGCCAGCCAAGUUUGAAGAUAUCAAGCACGGUCUUAAAGUAACUGGAUUGAUCAAGAACAUCAUCCCUGAGGGAAUCUUCGUGGAGUUUUUGGAUAACCUUACUGGCCUGAUACCAAAGCGUUUGGUUGAUGAUGACCGCGCUUCUCGCCCUGACUUCGGAUACAGCCGAUUCCAAGUUAUCUCUGCCACAGUUUGCGCUGUACAAGAAGAUUCGGAUCGUUUCCUUCUUAGUCUAAAGCCUGUAGCAAAGCUUAAACAAUCGUCCGACGUCAGCUCAGCACCGGAAAAGAAGGCUUCCGCUACAGCACUGACUAACCCUGUCGACGGAGAUUUGAAAACCAUGGAAGAUAUUGUAGUUGGAAGGAUCACCAAAGCAAAAAUCACGUCCGUUAAGGAUACACAGCUCAAUGUUGUGCUAGCUGACAACGUUCAAGGACGAAUCGAUAUUUCCGAAGUAUUUGACUCCUGGGAGGACAUCAAGGACCGAAAGCACCCUCUUAAAUCAUGCCACUCCAAGGAAAUCCUUCCAGUCAGGGUACUCGGAAUUCAUGACGCUAGAAAUCAUAAAUUCCUGCCCAUCAGCCAUCGGUCUGGUAAAGUACCAGUUUAUGAGCUUUCUACGAAACCCAGCUGUCUACAGGCGUCUGAAUUCAAACCUCUUCACCUGGAGCAUCUUAAAGUCGGGGAUACUCACGUCGGGUAUGUGAACAACAUCGCCGAAGACUGUCUAUGGUUGAACCUGUCACCAAAUGUACGAGGACGUCUCCGGAUCACAGACAUUUCCGACGAUAUUUCAAUACGAGGAAAUAUUCAAAAGAAUUUUCCUGUCGGCUCAGCUAUUCAAGUGGUCGUCACAGGUGUAGACGCUGAGAAAAAUCGACUUGACUUGUCCGCCAGAAUUGGAGAGUCAGCUAAGACAUUGACCGUUGCAGACCUAUCCAAGGGAAUGAUCCUGGUAGGGAGAGUUACGAAAGUAACUGACCGCCAGGUUUUGGUUCAAAUCAAUGAUAAUGUCGUCGGCGCUGUUUCGCUAAUCGACAUGGCUGAUGAUUAUACAAAGGCAAAUCCAACCAACUUCCACAAGAACGAAGCUCUGCGUGUUUGCGUCGUCGACGUCGAUAUUCCCAACAAGAAGAUUUCCUUCUCUGUUCGGCCAUCGAAAGUUCUUAGCUCCUCGCUGCCCGUUGCUGACCCUGAAAUAACUUCUAUCAAUCAACUCAAAGUCGGCCAGAUUGUCCGUGGAUUUAUUCGAAGGGUUGAUAAUAUUGGAAUCUUUGUGACUCUGGGACAUAAUGUCACUGCCUAUAUCCGAGUUUCAGACCUUUCAGACUCCUUUUUGAAAGAAUGGAAGGAUGAGUUCCAGGUUGACCAGCUCAUUCAAGGCAGACUUACCGUAGUGGACAAGGACAACAACAAGAUACAGAUGACACUGAAGAAGUCAGCAUUGGAUCCCAACUAUAAACCGCCGUUCGCUCUAAAGGACUUAAAAGUUGGUCAAAUUGUUACUGGUAAGGUUCGAAAGGUCGAAGAAUACGGUGCUUUCAUUGCCAUCGAUGGCAGUGCCAACCUAAGUGGGUUGUGUCAUAGAUCUGAGAUGGCAGAGAAGAGAGUUGAAGAUGCCACGCAGCUAUACGAGAAAGAUGACAUUGUUAAGGCAAAAGUCCUGAAGGUUGAUCUGGAGAAAGGUCAAAUUGCGUUGGGCUUGAAAGCAUCAUAUUUCAAAGACCUCCCGGAGGAGCAGCAGAGUGAAGAUAAUUCUAGUGACGAUGAAUCAGGCGGUAUCGAGCUUGAUGCCGAGGACGAUUCGGACGACGAUGUAUCUAUGGGAGGAGUCGAUCUUGAAGGAGGAGAUGACGAAGAGGAUGAAGAGGACAGCGAUGAAGAUAUCGAUAUGGAAGACGCUCCUAAUAACACCAAAAAGGAGGGUCUUGUUACCUCUGGCUUUGACUGGACUGGUGACGGAGACAAAGACAAGGAUAUGGCCCUCGAUGACUCUGCAGAGGACGAGGGUGUUACCAAGCGGAAGAAACGCCGGAAGGCAAAGAUUCAAGUUGACAAAACUGGUGACCUGGACGCUAAUGGGCCCCAGUCGGUUGCCGACUAUGAAAGAUUACUUCUCGGAGAGCCGGACUCCAGUCUUCUGUGGUUGAAGUACAUGGCCUUCCAACUGGAACUGGGCGAAGUGGACAAGGCAAGAGAAAUUGCCGAACGCGCCUUGCGAACGAUGAGUAUAGGUCAAGAUACAGAAAAGCUCAACGUCUGGGUUGCACGGCUUAAUUUGGAAAACACCUUUGGUAAUGACGAUACUCUUGACGAGGUCUUCAAGGGUGCCUGUGAGUAUAACGACGCUCAUGAAAUAUACGACAGGAUGGCAAGCAUAUUCAUCCAAUCGGGUAAAACAGAGAAAGCGGAUGAGUUAUUCCAAGCCGCUCUAAAGAAAAAGGUCUCUUCUACCCCAGAUUUCUUCUUGAACUACGCCAAUUUCCUGUUUGAUACCAUGGAAGCUCCUCAGCGCGGUCGCGAUCUGCUCCCCCGUGCACUGCAGUCCCUGCCUCCUCAUACCCAUGUUGAAGUCACAUCCAGGUUUGGUCAGUUGGAAUUCCGCUCCCCUAACGGGGAUGUCGAGCGAGGAAGAACAGUAUUUGAAGGUCUUUUGUCAUCGUUCCCCAAACGCAUUGACUUGUGGAAUGUGUUGUUGGAUUUGGAGAUAAAACUUGGUGAUGAGGAGCAGGUAAGGCGGCUCUUUGAGCGCGUCCUAGGGAUCGGCCAUGGUGUUGUCACAGCCGAUGGAACCAAAGGGGGUCCCAAAAAGAAACUAAAAGAAAAGCAAGCCAAAUUUCUUUUCAAGAAGUGGCUCGCUUUCGAAGAGAAGAUUGCUCCUGAAGGAGAUACCAAAAUGGUGGAUGAAGUCAAGGCUCGUGCUGCAGACUAUGUCAGAUCUAUUAAGGGGGAUGCUUGA